AAAAGGAGGAUCUGGAUUUCCUGCAAUACAAAGUCUUGGAAUUGGUGCAACAAAUGCUGGGAAGAAAGUGAUGAUAAGAGGAUGGCUUCAAAGAGAAAAAGAAACUUUUAUAGUUGUUAACAAGCCUGAAUAUGAUUUGAUUUUAGGUAGUAAUUGGCUAAUUGGAAAUAACAUUAAUAUAUUGUCUCCUUCGUUAUAUACAUUCUACGAAUUAUUAUUCUCUAAUUUCACCGCAAUUAAUUCAGAUGGGGAGGUUAUAAUAACCAAGUUUUUCAAACAUUAUACAGUUAUGGACAAUCUUGAUCUAAGUGAGUAUUAUGAUUCAGAUUAUACUGAAACAGAAUCAUCUGGCUUUGAAACCUGA